GACUCCGCUCUGAACUUUCUAGAAAGGGGCUCUACGAUCCAGGGCACCUGAGCCGUGGGCUCAGACUUGAAAAGCUCCCGGGCUGGUCAGACUUCACUGUCCACGUGCCAGCCUUGGGGCGGUGGCCUCUGGAGAGUGCAGGACCGAGCGGUUCAGGCACAACCCCAACCCCAACGACAGACAGUCCUAGGCGGGAAGAGGGAGCGGGAGCGCAGAGCGGGAGCGCAGAGCGCGGAGCCCCGGAGGGAAGCGGGCACAGGGACUCGGGACUCCCCUGUGGCCUCACGUCCACAGACUUCUCCGCUGGGCAUAGGCAGCCUCUGCUUGGCUGGAGCGGGCCUCCUGGACUGUGCACCGGGCAGAGUGGACGCCUUCGGGAGGGACAAGGUUUCUUCCAGGUAUGGAUAUAUUGAAGAACGUCAUCUCCUGGGCCCAGUAUGUGUACGAACUAUGUGAAAAGAUGCAACACUGCGAGGGACAGUACAAACGUCUAAGGAACCGCAUCCACGGCCUGCUGCAGCCUCUGCAAGAGCUCCAGACCCGAGGAGAGGAGAAUCUGUCCCCUGGGAUCAUCACUGCCCUGAACAAUUUCCAGGCGGCCCUCGAGGAAGCCGAGAAGAAGAUAGAUAAGUUUAGCAAUAAGUCCUUUCUCCAUAAGUUUCUAAAAUCAGGGAAGAACAAAGAACUCUUUACAGAUGUGAACAAUAGGCUGAACGAUGUCUACCAGGAGCUCUCACUGGCGCUUCAGGUGUAUCAGGGGGUGUCUAUUUCAAGCAUCAGCAAAGAAGCCUGGAAAAAAGAGGAUCAGCAGGAUGCAGAGGAAGAUUGGCAAGCCUUCCAGAGUCUAACUGCAGGAAGUGAAAUUAUCGAAGCUUUAGUGGAGCAAGUGAAAAAUGCAGUGGAAGAAAUCAUGAGGCGCCAAUUACAGACAUCAAUAAAGGCGGUCCUCGCAUAUAAAAUCAAGGAGAUUAAGAAGGAGGAGCUUUCUGAUUGGAUCUCUCUAAAGAAAAAUGAAUUCAGCGAAGUUUUUAAAGGAAAAUAUUACCAAUCUCCAGUGGCCAUAAAAGUAUUCAACAACGUCCAGACCAGAAACCCUGGAACAGUGAGGCAUGUUUUCAAUAAUGAGGUCACAACCAUGAAGAAAUUUGAUUCUCCUAACAUCCUGCGUAUAUUUGGGAUUUGCAUUGAUGAAACAGUGACCCCACCUCAAUUCUCCAUUGUCAUGGAGUACUGUGAGCUCGGGACCCUCCGGGAACUGCUGGAUCAGAAAAAGGACCUCACAUUGGCUGAACGCAUCGUCCUGGCCGUGGGGGCAGCCAAUGGCUUAUACAGGCUGCACCGGUCCGAAGCCCCUGAGCUCCAUAGAAACAUCAGCAGCAGGAGCUUCCUAGUAACUAACAACUACCAAGUGAAGCUUUCAGGAUUUGAGUUGAGCAAAACACAGACUUCCAUCGGUAGAACAACUAAGAGAAAAAAAGAAGGGACAGUCAAUUCCACAGCAUAUAUCUCACCUCAAAUACUGGAAAAUGUGUACAAUAAAUAUGACAUAGCAGCUGAAAUAUACAGCUUUGGAAUUGUCCUCUGGGAAAUCGUCACUGGGAAGACGCCGUUUGAAGGCUGUGAUUCUAGGAAGAUCCGCCAGCUGGUAACUAAAGACAAGCACCAGGAGCCACUGGGUGAAGACUGCCCUUCACAGUUGCAGGAGAUCAUUGAUAGUUGUCGGGCUUACGAGCCCUCCAGGCGGCCCUCUAUUAAGGAAAUCUCAGAGAAACUGUCUAUCUUUUACAAAGCUGUGGAUUGAAACAGAAACUAAGGAGUCGCUGGACAAGAAACUGGAAGAGGCGAAAGCUGGGCAUCUUUCUCUCUCCUAUCCUCAGCAUGAAGUUAUUUAUGGAUUCAGGGAAGCAGCACUUCUCUGUUACAACGAGAAAAUAGUUCCAGUCAUGCAGAGCACAUCCCCCUCCAAAUUAUAUUGUCAAAAGUAUGUCUCUGAUAGUAACUGUGAUAGAUGUUUUACAAAAACGUAUCUCUCUCUGUAUGGACACCUCUUAGCACUGUGACUUUGCAGCUCCUCCCAUGGCAAAGUGGAAUCUACACAUGAAACUAAUAUAUUAUUGUAUGUCAAUUAUAUUUCAAUUGAAAAGAAAUACUCUCUCUUACAAACUGAAAGGUUUAUAGAUAAUGCAAUGAUAUAUCUGGAGUUUAAUUUAAAAUAAUUCAGGGGGAGGGAAAAUAAUCUUACCUAAUAAACAUGUAAAUUGACUGUUCCUCCGCUAUGCUCACAAUCAGGAGAGUAUGCAAAUUAACCCAACAAAGAUGGCAGUUAAUUUGCAUACGUAGGAGCAAAACGGCAGAGUGGGACGGAGCAGCGAAGACUGAAGGCGGCUCCGGCCAGAGUGAAGGCCUGGGUCCCGGGUGCCGGAGAAAAACCGGUGCCAGCAGCCGGGGGGAAGGGAAGGCGUAUUGCAUGAAUCUCUUCAUGCAACAGGCCUCUAGUUAUAAAGAAAAAAGUAAAAUAAGAUUAGCUAUGAGUUGCUAGUUGUUGAAUCUGGAUGAUGGGUACAUAUGGGUGAAUAUGCUUAAAACUUUCCACAAUAAAAUGAUUUUUAAAAAGGGGGGAAAAAUAAAGCCUACUUCUCCACUCCUUGAAUCUAGGCUGGUAUUGCGACUGGCUUUGGCCAAUAAAAUGUGGAAGCGAUGGUGUGCCCAUUCCAAGCCUAGGCUUCAAGAGGCCUUAUACACUUCCACUCCCUCUCUUGGACCCUGAACCAGACAUGAACUGGGCUAUUAUGCUGGACAAUGAGAGAUACAUGGAGCAGAGACAACCUAACACAGCUGGCCCAGUCAAUACCAGAAGAGCCACACAGCUGAACCAGACCAAACUGUCCAUUCAGCCCUAGCCAGUUUGGCUCAGGGGAUAGAGCGUCGGCCUGCGGACUGAAAGGUCCCAGGUUCGAUUCCAGUCAAGGGCGCAUGCCCGGGUUGCAGGUCCUGGUAGGGGGUGUGCAGA